CACGGUUCAGUUUCAAGUCCAGUGGAUGGACUAAAGAGGCCCAUUAAAUUCAGAGUUUGCCCAAACGAAAAGUCGGAAAACAGAGACACCGAACCACAGAUACCUCCGUAACAAUUUCCCAGGCAUGGCCUCUUCGUCGUCGUCUGAUCCUUCUGUGCGAAGGGAUGUUGCUGUUAGAAAGCAAAACAACGGCCCUCCUGUCAAAUUCUUGGUUCCUCUCGUUUAUGCUCCAAUUCUUCCUCUCAUUCGGAUCGCGCUGCGUAGAAAUCCAGUAGUAAGGGAUCGUUUGUUUACUGCUGUGUUGGCUGGUGCCUUUGCUCAUGGAUUUUACUUGGUAACAGAUAUAUAUGAUGUCGAGAGCAAGUAAAUUUGCUUGUGGAUUGAGAGGCCUGGUUUGGUGGUUCAUGCUACAUCUUUCAUGGGCUUACAAAUCAAAUAGCAGAUUUGGUAUUCUACAAUUCCAUCGAAUUAUUUGGAAGAAUUUGAGUUUUUAUUCUCUAGUUUUCUUAUGGAAUAUCUUUUACCCUUUUUUGGGGCCUGAAAGUCUUAGAAUUGCAUCCAACAAACUUUAAUUCUUGAGAGAAAUAAUUACCAGAUGAAGAAGCUGAUUUUGUUUAAUUGUAAUUGCCAUUUCACAGAAGGAAAAAUGUCGUUGUGGUUUUUUUGACUUCUGAAACUGAGAACCUUAAUGCCAAAGAAAUUGUGUUUUUGCCUUUCUGAAA